AUGGUCACCAGGACAGAGGGUCAAAUUGAUGACUCUCUAAUUGGUGGCAAUGCCUCUGCUGAAGGUCCUGAGGGAGAUGGAACAGAAGCCACGGUGAUAACUGGUGUUGAUAUAGUCAUAAACCACCACCUUCAGGAAACCAGCUUUACAAAAGAGUCCUACAAGAAGUACAUCAAGGACUACAUGAAGGCAAUCAAAGCCAGACUCGAGGAACACAAGCCAGAGAGGGUAAAGCCUUUCAUGACAGGAGCUGCAGAGCAAAUCAAACACAUCCUUGCUAACUUCAAAAACUACCAGUUCUUUGUAGGAGAGAACAUGAACCCAGAUGGCAUGGUGGCUCUGCUGGAUUUCCGUGAGGAUGGGGUGACCCCCUACAUGAUCUUCUUCAAGGAUGGCUUGGAAAUUGAGAAGUGUUAACAAACCCCCCCCGUGUGGCUUUGGAUCACCUGUCUUCAUAGCUGGCUGCUGUCUCUUCCUCAUCGACACACCUCCAGGAACCGGCACCGCCUGACAACGGGACUGAUGUCACCUUGAGCUUGAUUCACUUAAUUUUGACCCUGAUUUGGAGUGGAGCAGUUGUUUUAAAAAAAACAAACAAACAAACCCAAACAUCUGUCAUGUAGGUUGUCUGAAAUAAAACUCAUUUAAACCCAUUCUA